AUGGCUGAUUCUGGGCCUAGUAAAAACGAUAUUGAAGCUAUUUUUCAAAGAUUACGAUCAAUUCCCGCAAAUAAAGUAUGUUUCGAUUGCAACGCAAAGAAUCCUACGUGGUCGUCGGUGACGUACGGUGUAUUCAUCUGCUUGGACUGCUCAGCAGUCCACCGUAGUCUGGGUGUACAUCUAACUUUUGUGCGUUCGACUCAACUUGACACCAAUUGGACAUGGAAACAAUUAAGAAACAUGCAGCUUGGUGGCAACAUAAAUGCUACACAAUACUUCCGGAGUCAUGGACUAGCAACUGAAGAUGCUCGACAAAAGUACAGCUCUCGUGUUGCACAGUUAUAUCGGGAUAAAUUAAGUGCUAUGUCAGAACAGGCAAUGAAGACUUAUGGAACUAAGUUACACCUGGACCCGGUCCCUGCAGAGGUUAAAGAGAACAAGAAGCAAGAGGUAGACUGGUUUGCUGAGCAUGGAGAAGACGUGUCUGACACUAAUGCUAAUAACAUUGCACAGCAGGCAUGUUUAAAUACCGGUGGUCCUGGUGGAGGUGAAUCUCUCAGUUCAGAAGCACGCCUGUGGGGCUCUGCACAAAAAUCUACUUCCACUGCACGACCUUCUGCUAGAAGAUCAGGACUGGGUGCACGGAAAGGUGGGCUGGGAGCAACCAAGGUGGCCACCAAUUUUGAAGAUAUCGAAAGAGAGGCAAUAAUGGCAGAAAAACUGAAAAUGGAGGCGGCGGCGGCGGCGGGGGCGGCGGGCGCGGGCGGCGCGGAGGGCGCCACGCUGGAGAGCGUGCAGGCGGAGGUGGCGUCGCUGCGGCUGGCGUACGCGCCGCGCGCGCGCGACGCCGAGCGCCUCGGCAUAGCCGGCGCCACGCGCGCGCACGCUCGUCAAGCGCAAAGCGUGUCGCACUCGGCCGCAUCCGACAUGACGGCCAUCGAGCAGGAGGACGCGCCGGCGCCGCGCGCGCUCGACGACCUCGACGACUUCAACAAUGUCUUCGUCAUGAUCAGGAAUGAGCCGUACAGCAGCAACCGCGGGCUGGACUCGCUCCUGAAUGACGCGCCCAGCCGUAAGCUGGACAACUCGUGGGACACCAUCGAGCCGGAGCCGCAGCGCCACGUGCGCACCAUGUUUAGCGACGCGCCCGCGCAGGGCGCCGCCACCGCCCCCACGGCCGCACGCCCACGCGCCGCUAGAAAGCAGGAGCCUGAGGAUGAUUCUGCUGUGAAGAAGUUCGGCUCCGCCAAGUCGAUCAGUUCAGCGCAGUUCUUUGGAGAUCAGAGUACGGAGCGGCGGCGCGGGUCGGGGGACGGCAGCCUGGCGCGCUUCGAGGGCAGCAGCAGCAUCUCGUCGGCGGAGCUGUUCGGCGCGCCGCGCGCCGCGCCCGCCUUCCAGGUGGCGGCGCCCGACCUGGACGACGUGCGCGAGUCCGUGCGCGCCGGCGUCACGCGCGUGGCCGGCCGCCUCUCCUCGCUGGCCAACGGCGUCGUCUCCUCCAUACAGGAGCGAUACGGAUAC